AACUCUAGCAGGAAGGGGCGGGUGCAAGGCCAAGAGUGACAGCAGGGCAUACCUGGGACAGGCAGGUAUCACCCCCUUGGAUGGAGGAACACACUGUUAUACACUACACUAGUUGUGCCACUUCAAUGCCUCCUCGGUGCAGACAUGUUGGUGUUACUGAAUGAUUGGAAGGCCAAGCUGUUUCAGCUCUCCAUGGAAGGAGACAGGGAAUGAUUAAGGGCAGAGCAGUGCAAAGAGUCAUCUGGAUGUGAUGGACGUCCAACUCUGAAAGCACUCUUUGGGAACAGGUGAAAGUCCAAGAUGCCCAUGCACACAGUGAGCCCCAAAUUGGGAGAGAGGCUUGAUCUUGAUCUUGCGGGAUUCUUUGGAGGAGCCAUGCAGGAGGAACCGGGGAAGGAGGAGUGGGAUUCGGGCAAACAAGAAGGCUUCAGGCAGUUCAACUACAAGGAGACUUUGGGGCCCCGAGAAGUGUGCAGCCGGCUCCACUCUCUCUGCCGCCUGUGGCUGAAGCCAGAGAAGCACUCCAAGGCGGAGAUGUUGGACCUGGUGCUCCUGGAGCAGUUUCUGGCCGUCCUUCCUGCGGAGAUGGAGCGCUGGGUGAGGGAAUGUGGGGCAGAGACCAGUUCCCAGGCCGUGGCUUUGGCUGAAGGAUUCCUCCUGAGUCGGGCAGAGGAGAGCAAGUGGAAAGAGCAGCAGAACAUCUUUGCCAAAGAGACAACUGAGGUGAAGAAUGAGUGGGCCAUGCAAGAUGGUAACAGAACAUCCACCUCAGUGGGAGGUGCAACAAGGACACGGCCAAAAGCAUCUCUUCACAAAGAUAAACCCCAAACAGUUCCUAUGAGGCCAAACCAGGUGACAUUUGAAGAGGUGUCUGUGGAUUUCACGGAGGAGGAGUGGACGCUGCUGUCUCCAGGCCAAAGGACCCUCCAUAGAAAAGUGAUGGAAGACAAUUUGAGGAUGGUGUCCUCUCUGGGUUGGGAUGUGCAAGAGAGUGAGAACAACAGAGAACCAAGCAGGGCGUUCCUGCAAAGGAACAAGCAGAAGCAGAUGAAAAGGAAUAAAAGAACAUCAGACACCAACAGCAACAGAAGGAACACAUAUUCUGCUUCUCAGGAGGGUGACAUCUCAGUCGAAGAAAUAACAGGGAAAGGGAAAGAAAGGAGUAAAUGUGGGAAAAGCUUUAGAUGUAAAGCAAGCCUUAUUGUUCAUAGGCAAAUUCACCCAGAGGAGAAAUUCUUCAAAGCUGGUGAGUGGAGAAGGACACCCAGUUUAAGGAAGUCUCUGAUUUCCCAAACGAAACAGAAAACCUUCAACUACCUGAGGUGCGUAAAGAGUAUUCGGUGGAGGUCACAUCUAGGAGUGCUCCCAGGAGAGAAACCCUUUAAAUGCCUGGAAUGUGGAAAGAGCUUCACUGGGAAGAAACAACUCACUCGUCAUCUAGACACACACACAGGAGAGAAACCAUUUCAGUGCUUGGAGUGUGAGAAAAGUUUCGAUCAGAUGGCGUCCCUUACCUGUCAUCAAGUAACUCAUAUUGAAGAGAAGCCAUUUAAAUGUUUGGAAUGUGGAAACACGUUUGGACACAAAACAAAGCUCCGUCGUCAUCUAGCCACUCACACAGGGGAGAAACCGUUUCCGUGCUUGGAGUGUGGGAAGAGCUUCUCUCAAAAGGCACACCUCACUCGUCAUUGCAAAACUCACACUGGAGAAAAACCCUUUGGAUGCCUGGAGUGUGGGAAAAAUUUCAGGCAUAAAUUAAGCCUCAGGUGUCAUCAAGCAACUCACACGGGGGAGAAACGAUUUCAUUGCUUGGAGUGUGGGAAGAGCUUUUCUCAAAAGGUUCACCUCGCUUGCCAUUACAGAACUCACACCGGAGAGAAACCCUUUGGGUGCCUGGAGUGUGGGAAGAGUUUCGGGCAUAAAAUAAGCCUCACGUGCCACCAAGCAACUCACACAGGGGAGAACCCCUUUAAAUGCCUGGAGUGUGGGAAGAGCUUCCCUUGGAAGCAAAGCCUCACGCGUCACCUGGCAGCGCAUAAAGGAGAGAAACCAUUUCAGUGCUUGGAGUGUGGGAAAAGUUUCAAUCGGAAGGCAUACUUCACUCAUCAUCAAGCAACUCACACCGAAGGGAAAGCAUUUAAAUGCUUGGAGUGUGGGAAAAAGUUUGCGCAUAAAAUAACACUCAGUCGGCAUCGAGCCACUCACACUGGAGAGAAGCCCUUUCGAUGUGUGGUGUGUGGGGAAUUUUUUAUGUGCAAAUCAAGUCUCGCUACUCAUCAAGCAACUCACUCAGGGAAGAAAGCCUUUCAGUGCUUGGAGUGUGGAAACAGCUUGAGUGGGAAAUCAGCACUUCGGGCGCAUCAAAGAAUUCACACCGGGGAGAAACCCUUUGGAUGCCUGGAGUGUGGGAAGAGUUUCCGGCAUAAAAUAAGCCUCACGUGUCAUCAAGCAACUCACACAGGGGAGAACCCCUUUAAAUGCCUGGAGUGUGGGAAGAGCUUCACUUGGAAGCAAAGCCUCACGCGUCACCUGGCAGCGCAUAAAGGAGAGAAACCAAUUCAAUGUUUGGAGUGUGGGAAAAGUUUCAAGGAGAAGACAUACCUCACUCGUCAUCUGACAACUCACGUAGGAAAGAAAUCAGUAAAAUGAUUGAUUGAAUCCUACAUUAUGCCACACCAAAAUAUUAAUUUGUUAUAGAAAUUAUAUAAGGAGCCCCUGGUGGCGCAGGGGGUUAUAUACUUGCAUCAGCAGGACUCAUGACUUGAAGGUUGGGUUGCUGACCUGAAGAUUGCCAGUUCAAAUCCAACCCGGGGAGAGUGCAGAUGAGCUCCCUCUAUCAGCUCCAGCUCCAUGCGGGGACAUGAGAGAAGCCUCCCACAAGGAUGGUAAAAACAUCAAACAUCUGGGCGUCUCCUGAGCAACGUCCUUGCAGAUGGCCAAUUUUCUCACACCAGAAGCGACUUGCAGUUUCUCAUGUUGCCCCUGACACACACAAAAAGAGAAAUUAUAUAAAUGCUUGGAGUGCGGCAACGAUAAAGAACAGAUAGGGAAAUGUAACAUGUGGGUGGAACCGUUUAAAAGUUUCAAACUUUAUGGAUUUUCAGGGUGAUUGCAAACCUUAUGUUGUAAAAAGGCAAAGGUUUCCCCUGACGUUAAGUCCAGUCAUGUCUGACUCUGGGGGUUGGUGCUCAUCUCCAUUUCUAAGCCAAAGAGCUGGCGUUGCCCACAGACACCUCCAAGGUCAUGUAGCCACUGGCAUGACUGCAUGGAGUGCCGUUACCUUCCCGCUGGAGCGGUACCUAUUGAUCUACUCACAUUUGCAUGUUUUCGAACUGCUAGGUUGGCAGGAGCUGGAGCUGUAUUCCACAAGAAAUAAUAUAAUAUUUUUUACAGUUAUUACCCUAGGUUUACAUUUUAAGCGUGUCAUUUUUCUUUAUACAUUGUGAUAAUGUUUUGUUUGCUGUAACUUAAUAAAAUAUAUUUUAAAAGCA